AGUACAAGUUUGAAUCGAGUCGAACGAGCCGCGUAGUAUUCUGGGUACGCGUACCGCAUUCGGUUUGGGGGGAAAAACGCAGCGGCGGCUGCUGUGGUUCAGCCGUUAAUCGUCAUCGAAAACGGCCUCAACGGUUCGAUAUCGUCCAAUUUCCAUCUUGUCGUGUUUUGUGUGAUAUUCGUGUAUAAAGUGUCGUUCUUGUCGUGUUCGAAUCCGGAAUUCGGAAUUCACCGAGACGUGAAAGCGGUAAUCGUUCGUAGAUUGACCGUCGAUAUUCGUUGUUCGAUCAAGUGAAUUUCUCAUACUCCGAGUCUGAUAUAUUGCUAUUUUUCCUACUACAUUGUAAAGAAACGGUAUAAAAGAAAAACAACAAGAGACUAUGAAGCGGAAAACAAACGACGCUCCCGGAUGCGGUUGGAAUAUAAACGUCAAGUGUAGUUAAUGAAAUUGUGAAUUUCAAUGUUUACAGUUGUCGGUUUCGUUCGCAAUAAUUCUCGAUUUAAACGAAAGCAAUAAAAGGUUGAUUACCAAGUUUGUAAGUCAAGAGGAGAAGAUCUCUGCAGAUGUGAAAGGAGGAUUCUUUACCAUUUGGGAAUACUGAUAUCAAUUGUUCGAUUUGCGUUCGAUUGUUUGAAUAAUUAGUCCAGCGAGAGAUCAUACGAAGUUCCGAGUUCCGGUGGGGUCGCCGGAAGUGUAUUAUGAACUGAGCGGAACGUUGCGCCAACGGAAAAACGUGGGAACACUUUCAGAGCAGAGGUUUCGUGACAGCUGUUGCACGAUUAAUAAACUCGAUACAGGUGCUUACCGAAAGAGGUUCGGUCUUCAAAAUGGCGAGUGAAACUCGCGCAAACCGAAUAUAAGAACGGCCACUCGAAUCUGAAUGCCGAUCACCUGAAUUUCACAUUCAAAAUUGAUCGUUAAAACUCGUUUGUUUAUCGCAGACGAAUAUUUGAACUGUCUCGAUGACAACGGAACGUCGCUUCGGGCGUUCGAAUAAAACCGUUACGUGGUAGCGAGCCGAGUUAUCGAAUUUCGAAGGGCGGGAGCAAGCAAAGUUUUCAAAUUUCGAACGUCGGUAUUAUCUCAAGGUUUGACAUCUCGUACGGCAAAGUUGAGUCAAGUUUUCAACAGUAUUGACCUAGAUUUCGAACAGCGGGAGCAAGUGCAGUUUCAAAAUUUCGAACGUCGGGCGCGAUUCGGUUUUGAAAUUUCUAACGGCGGGUGGUAUUCGAAUUGGAAAUUUCGAACGACGGAAUCGCGUCGUAAGUGAGAAGAAGCCGGCGGUGAAGCAGUGACUCUUGAGUGACGUCAUCGUAAGAAAGGCAGGUUGGGUGAGCCAAGUUUGACCGUUUCCCGUUUGUCAGUACGGAUAGAAGAAGCCCAGGCGGUGGGCGGCAGCCGGGAAUGGCUUCGAAGUUGUGACGUUUUUCGUGAAGUUUAGAAAGAAAGAGGCCGGAAAAGGUCGACGAGGUCAAGUGUCGAGGGACGGUGAUCGAGAGUGAGUUUCGAAUCCCCGAGGCUCGUGUUGUCGGUGAAACGGGAAUCGGAGUGACAAAAUUGGCUAUCGGGCACUCCGAUGACGACGGCGUGAAACGGCGGUUGCAGUUUUCGCGAAUUGACAACUGAGCGCGGUUGGCGUUCGAUUAACGCAACCGGCCGCACCUGUGCAGCUUCGCGUCCCUGAGAAGGCUGGAAAAUAUAUAUAUUCCAACACGGAUCGACACGAACGUAAACGCGACUGACCGACUACCUGUCCUCGGAUAUUUCCCCCGACUUACUACCUGAGCCAAAGGCAUCGAUACCAUGGGGAACCAUCCGUCCGCCCACCAUCCGCUCGAAAGAGCCACAACCCACGCUGGAAACACUCUCCGAAUAUCGAAACGGGAGAGAUCGCCAGGGAAGAGAAUGGACCGGCUGCGUCGAAGUUUCCGGGACAGCUUCCGGCGGCGAAAGGACCCUCAUGUCCCGGAGUCGAGCAAACCGCAUCAGUGGCAGGCAGAUGAAAGCGCAGUGCGUUCAGCCACCUGCGUAUUUCACGUUAAGUAUCUCGGAUGCGUCGAAGUUUUUGAAUCCAGAGGAAUGCAAGUCUGCGAAGAGGCUCUCAAAGUGCUUAGGAAUUCUAGGCGAAGGCCGGUUCGAGCAGUGCUUCACGUUUCUGGGGAUGGACUGCGCGUCGUUGAGGAUGAAACGAAGGGAUUGAUCGUUGAUCAGACAAUUGAAAAGGUGUCUUUCUGUGCCCCGGAUCGUAACCACGAUAAAGGCUUCAGUUACAUCUGUCGAGAUGGUACGACGAGGCGGUGGAUGUGCCACGGAUUCUUAGCGCUCAAGGAAUCGGGUGAACGUUUGAGUCACGCUGUGGGUUGUGCCUUCGCUGCUUGCUUGGAACGGAAACAACGUAGGGACAAAGAAUGUGGAGUGACGAUGACGUUUGAUCCGAAAAAUUCGACGUUCACGAGGAGUGGAAGUUUCAGACAACCGAGCUUGACCGAACGGUUGCAGGACUCGCAUGAACGAGCAGUUGAUGUUCCUCCGGUGAAGCAGGUCUUCAACCCAUUUGCGAUCGAACGACCUCACGCCACACCCUCGAUGCUUGAGCGCCAAGGUUCGUUCAGGGGUUUCACCCAGCUCAACCAGGCUUCGCCGUUCAAGCGUCAGCUCAGUCUUCGAGUUAACGAUCUUCCCAGCAAUCUAGAACGUACCCGAAGCCACAGCCUCGAACCCACGGAUCUCGCUCGAAUGCCACCCACCCUUCCUCACAACAUACCGCAAAAACCUCCAGUGAGUCCAAUUCCGGAAAUAUCGCCCGGAGGUCAAGAUAGCGUCUCAGCAAUGUGUCAGCAGCUCUCUCGAGGGCUUUCCCUUCUUUCCAGUAACGACGAUUACAACGGGUCAACGCACAUAUCGUCCCGAAUCAGUUCAAAUUCCGUCUCAAAGCAGCUCUUCAGUACAAUGACGCCUCCAGUGAGCAACAGCAAUUCAUUCGAAGAUACGAAGUUGAACAACAACAUAAAUAACAACAACAUCAACCAUGUUGGUCCCAGUUGGCAGGAUGACCCAACUCUCGCCAAUUCUAGACUCACGCCGAUUCUCAAUAGAAGCUGCAACCUGAGUCCUGUUCUUCCGAGGACUUCCGUCGCACCAGCGAUGAUGAGCACUCCGGGACCGACGCCUACUGUGGGUGUCUUCGGCACUCCACCCAACGCCAGCCCUGCGUUCAGUUCCGCCUCGACAUCGUCGCUUGGUGGAAACACAACCACUCCUUCGUUGAACCGAUCUCCAGUACCUGUAAACUCGGUCACGCCGUUGAAUCGGUCACCAAAUUCCGGGCUACCGUCUACUUCCCCAAUUCCCACAUCUGGCAUUCCGAUUGCCGCCACCAACACCAUGCAAUCUGUUUCACAGUUACAGCCAGUCGCCACAGCGGCGAAUCUUCCCAAGCCUGAACAGUGGUUGGGAAGUGUGACCGGUGCUGUAUCUCCUGUACCGACAAGUCCUAGACGAGCACCAGCACUUCAUUUAAGGGCGCAUUCGCUGGGCUCCGCUGCUGGAAGUCAGGCCUUCGCGUCUCGCGGAGGUCCCGCGGAUCCGUUUGACGCUGAAUGGGCCGAAAUCGCAGCGCGGAAUCUUCAACAGUCGACAACAAAUCCGUUCAUAAUGUCGAAUGCAACGCAAGCUUUCCAAGUCCAAUUGUAGCGCCGAGAAUUCUCUGAUAGCGUCGCUAAAUACUAUCAGACUAACACGUAGUGACGGCUUCUUGUGCGUUCGCACUCUGAAUGGCUGCGCGAUAGAAAGUAUUACACGUAAAUUAAUCGCUUGUACUUAUACCAGUGGAUUUCUGCUGCUGUUGCUACACAGUUUGCGAAUAACUGUGAAUAUCAAAUUCAUACAUAAAUUUUAUGUUGUCCUACAGACUCUCUCUAUUUUAAAUUUUAUUUUGCUCUUGGUAUGUUGCAGAGCUUUACAGAAAAACCACAAUUUGCAGGCUGUUAGAUUUUUUAAAACUCAGUUUUCGAAUCCAUCUUAUCCACGAUCGAUUUUGAAAUUUUUCCCGUGGAUACAUUCAGUGUGAAUAAACUAAAAUUUUCAGUCAAGAGUAAAGGUGAGCAAGCAUUUAGUUCUGAAGAUACAAGCAAAUCAAUUAAAAAUGUCAGUUCAGUUCAAAAUGCGGGAGGCACAGAAAAAAUCGUGAAAAAUUUGAAGUUUUGGGAUUUUGCAAUUCCUUUUCAAAUCUGGCAGAACUAUUUCUUCCCGUUCACCUUUUUUAUUAGUAUUUCAAUAUUAUUCGAACCUAUUACUUGAAAUUGAUUUGCUCAUGUUUCCUAAACUAAGUGUUCACCCAUUUUUGCUCUAGAUACAAAAAUCUUAUUUCUCCAUGGAGAAUUCACCGUGUAAAGUACAUUGAUCGAAUUAUGGCUCACAGUGAUUUUUCUGAACAUGCAAUUAUUGGAAAGCCGAUUUCCUUAAGAAUCUAAAGCUUCAAAAAUCGUGUUUUUUAUGGCGCCCCACGACAUACUAACGGGUUUAAUGAAAUUGACAAUGAUGAGGGUCGUGGUCAGAUAAAAAUUGUCUGGAAUUCCCUGUAUGCACGUAUGUCAACGUAACAUGUAGCUUCGGGAAGUUUAUAAAUGUUUACGCACAAGUAAAAGGUGUGCAUCAUGAAAACAGACGAGGAAACAGAGUAGGAGCCACAAGUUAUAAAAGUCUGCAUAUUUUUCGUUAUUGAAAAUCGGUUGAUGCAAUCCAGUCUGUGUCAAAUUCUCUAUGAACCGUUUAGUUUAUGCGAUGUUGGGAGUUUCUAAAGCUCAUUUAUACCCAUUUGUAUCCAUUUGUAUGGCGAACUUUCCAUUCGCAAUCUUUACGUGCCUAAAUUUUAUAUAUUUUCAACCUCGUUUAUACAUAUUACCAUUCGUUCAUUUUGGUAUAAUGUCGUGAUGUGAGGUAUCGAUCUCACGGUUUGCAGGGUUGAUGUUUAUAUCAUUGCAGGAUCAAAGCAAAAUUAAUCAUUAGUAACGUAUAUCAAGGUGAUAAUUCCGCGGGCUGAUUCGAGUUCAUCGCGGAUAUUUAUGUCCGUCGCUUGCGAUAUGUUUUACUAUUAUCAAUGGGAGUUGCUUCUCCAGUCUUAAUUAUCAUAUCGAUGUAAUGAAAAGCAGCGUGACAAUUAUUCAGGACGAAUGCUUCGUAUCGUCUGGUUCAGAAAUUAAUAAAUGAGAAACAAUCGUUUUAUAAGUCUCCAGUGAUGUGUUCUUGCUAUGAAAUAGAAACAGUUCUGAGCGGAUUCCAAUAAAAAAAGCAGAGAUAUUAAAGACUUGAGAAAUAGUUUUAUAGUUGGAAUGUUCAAAAUAAUUAAAUUCUGCCGUUUGUUAUCCGAUAAUAACGCUUUCAGGCUCAUUUUGAUCACUGACCAGAUCCCUAAAAAUUAUCCGAAAAAAAUUCAAGGAAUCGUUCCUCAUAGUACAGUUAUAACGCACAAUGUAAUUGUUAACGAAAAUCUGUCUUACCAUGCUUAUGCAAAUAUAUUUUUAUCCAUUAUGGACACAAUUUUUCAUCAAAUUUGUUUCAAGAGAUCUUUGAAAGAUUCCUGUGGGGAAGACAAUAAACCCGAAACAUUAGAAUGGAAAAAAGAACCGGUUUAAUCAUUUUAAACGUUCUAACUAUAAAACCAUUUUUCAUAAUGUGGGUACAUCAGCCUGUGUUAAUCGAAAUUUCGUGGAAUUGUUUCUGUUAUAUAGUAAAGAUAUGGUUUUUAUUCGUGUUCACUAUCCUUGGCACAAAUAAGGUUGCAAAUCUUUUAAACGGUUUUUUCUAUUUUUAAUUUUUGAUUAUGACAGCGCGGCUCAUUCAUCCUUAAGGCCACACAUUGCAGAUCCAAGAAAGAGAGAAUAUUGUUCAGAAUAUAUCGGUUUUAUCUUGCAACACUCGUUACCGAUAUAAUUUUUGUGAUAGAAGCUUUAAUAGCCGAUCCAAGCGUAAAGAUAAUACCGUAAAGAGCAGCAGACGCGGUUGUAGAAUUGAGGGAAUAAAACUGCAAUAUAGUAAAUAUGUAACACGUGUUUAAUUUUAGUGAAAAAUUGUUAAAAAAUCGUUGUUGGUGAUGUAGGAUUUGAAUAAUUGCAGAAGAUGAAAUUUUUACGGCAGUAUUUUUCUUUGAAUAAUUGUUAUCAUAAAAAAGCUCGAGAAAAUUGUCAAAUUUUGGUACCCUACUUAAAGAAAAUGCACCGUAUAGCAAUUAGUUAUAUAGAGAUCAUUCUUAUAUAACAGUUAGAUCACGAAUUGAAGAAUAAUUAUAUCGCUACGAUGCAUCGAUAUAGAAACAUUCAUAAUAAUAUCACUAGAUAUGGACAAGUAAAGAAUAUUAUAAAUGUCGCACCAAAUUAAAUGUCGUAAGAAUAAUAUAUAUACAAUGCUGCGCAACUGAUCUUCUGAAGUUUUUAUAGAUCAAUCAAAAGGUGAAAUAAUCUAUUUUCUCUAAAUUCAAAACAGACACUGUUUUUAUGGAAAACUUGAAAUCGAUACAGCGGUCAUUGAGAUACUGAUUUGACAGACUGUCUCCAUGCUGUGGUUUGAAUUUAUCGUUGUUGAAAAAAGUAUCUGCUUCUUGUAGAUUUCAAAACCCAAUAAUGCGUUAUACAAAAAGGGGAACCUUCUUCUUGUCCGACGUGUAAAGUCAACAUACACAAUUUGUAGUGUACCGUUAUAUUUUUUAUAGUGCCUUAGUAAAAAAUCAAUAACGCUAUUUUCUGCUGAGACAUUUUGACAUUCUGUCGAGUAUAAAGAGCGUCGAUUAAUUCGCCGUAAUAACUAUGACGAGUCAAAAUGAUAACAGGCCAGUACUUAUAAACGAAAAAUUGAAAUGUUGGAUUAUUUUUAUUCGGAAUUCUGUGAAUCACCGUGUUAUAUUGUUUUUCAAACUUGAGCAAGAUAUACUUAAUAUGACAUAUAGAAUAUCGGUAGUGUGAUCACUCAGCAUUGUUUCGAAUUCUAAUAAAAAAAAGUUUGUAAUAGUUCUAAAUUUGUGGCUAUAACAUACUAUGAUAAAAAAUAAUUACUGCAAACUUGCAGUUAUUCGAAAUUCAGUAAUAAAUAGUUGUAUGAAAUAUAUUUAACUCAAGAUAAAUGUAACACCUGUUAGAAUCUAGAUGACUAAUGAUGAUCGCACAAUAUAGCCGCACCGUAUCAAUAUUACCGUAUUAACUACAAUAGAAAAAAUGUUGGUUAUAAUCUGCUCUCUCUGUCUAACUGCAAUUUUGAAAAAGGCGUGAAUAGUAUUGAAAAUUUUUGAUAUCAUUUAUAACAAUUGAGUGACCGACUAAUAGUUGGAACGCAAUAAUGAUUAAAACUUAUUUUUAAGUUGAGAGGAAAACGAAUUACUUAAAUCAUUUGAAGGCAAAAUGGGCAAGAAUUUAAAUUGAUUAUUACGAAUAUCAGACUUUUUUUUUAUGAAAUAGGGUACAUAUAUUAGACUGCUUCAAAAAAAAAACUAUUUUUUUUUUUCGAUCUCCAGCUUCAUGAAAUCAUAGUUUGUAACAUAAUAUUGAACCUCGUGAAAGGAAAUCGCCGUGCGAUUUUUUUAAGAGGUUCAAUAUUAUGUUAUGAACUUGAUUUCGUGAAGCUGGAGGUCGAAAAAAAAAGUUUUUUUUUUGAGGCAGUCUAAUAUAUAUAUAUAUAUAUAUACUAUAUAUAUCUACAUUAUACAUUAUUAUAUUAUACAUAUAUCAGCGAUGUAUGCAUUGUAAAUAGAAUACUUGUUUAUAAUAUAUUGCAAACAUAGUUAAUAUUAAAAUUAAUUAACACAUUAAUGUAUUAUACAUGUUAUUAGCAACUAACAAAUAAGUGAACAAAUUUAACUUAUAAUUAAUAUACAUCCAUAUAAUAAUGCUGAUUAUCAAUAUUAUUGCUCGUGUUACAAAAACACAAAGAAACAAACUAACAGAAAAAUAGAUUUGAAAAUAGAGCAAUUGUUAAUUUAUAGCAGUUUUUCCACUGCUCACGAAAAUAUAUAUAAUAGUAUUACAUUCCUAAUAGUAUUCUCACGAGGUACAUUUUUGCGCAAAUUCCUAACACAUGACCAUUAACAUUAUUGCGAUAUUUCGACGAUUUCUUUAUUUAUUUUUUAUUUUAAUCGUUAAGUUUUACGUAAUAAAAAAUCUGCCUCAGUACCAUAUUUUUGGUAAAAUGAACGGAAGCUGAUUGUAAAUUGAUAAUCGUUGUAAAUAGAUGCUAGUUUUCAUUUCAUCAUUGCACAUACUACUCUUUUUUAUUCAUCGCAAAAAUCUGCCUCAACUAUUAUUAUCAUAAUUAUUCUUAAUAUUAUUAUGAUUAUUGAUGACAUAAAAAUAUCUAUCUACUGUAAUUCUAAUGGGUGUUGGGAUGAAGUCAUAAUUGCACAUUGAUCGAAUGGAAGAAAAAGCAAUUUUUCGAACAUUUCAACAAUAUUUUCGUUUCUAAAUCGAAUUCAAAUAACUGUAUUUAUAUUCGAUUGAAGAGAUGUACGAAUACAAUCGAUAAUAUUUAUAGAGUCGUUAGCACAAAUGAAGUUGGUGGUACUUAUUUGAGGUACUUAAGUUACCUACAUAUCGAACGUUAAUCGAAAAUGAAAGAAUAUGUACUUAAAUAAUAUAUUAUACAGGAUAGCUUAUUUAGCGAAAAACGUCCAUUGGAGAAAUGAGUCUUUCUUUUUCCAAAUCAACGUUAGGGUUAUAAAUAAAUAAAUAUAUAAAUCUUGUGCGAUGUACGGUAACUGAGAAAGUGUAUUUGCAUACACAUAUAUACCUGAUAUAACACUGAUAAUAUAAUAUAUUACGAUUGCUAUUUGUUAAUGUCUUAAAUAUUAUUAUACAUAAUAUAUAAAAUAUGCAAUUUAUUUCUUCGAUUAUGUAUGAUAUAAUAGUAUAUAAACUAGGAAUUGUAUGUUAUGUAUUAUGUAUAAUGAUUGGAAAACGAUAUAGGCAACUAUAAUAUUCAGAGUUCGGUCGAUAUUCGAUUUGUCUACUUUGACGGAGCGAAUAAUUACAUCAAUAUAAAUUCUGAUUUAUAGAAAUCGUUAAAAAUGAAUUCGUUAUAGACGAUUUUACAUUAAGUUGGUGUAACAUGAAUUAAGAACAGAAACAGGAAAAAAAAACAACAAACUAUGCUAAUAAUUGCUAUAUUCUACGAAAAGACCAAUACAUACAAAUCAAAAGAUAAAGAUAUAAACAGAAUUGUGUUACUUGUUCUCUUAUAAGUAUAAUGCAGUGUUGAAAAGUUAAUAAAACUCGAUGGAAAAAUAUCGCAUGCUUUGCGCAUGCCGCAUGAAUAGUUAACUCGAAGUCGUUUCAUCUGAUUCGAUUGUUUAGGCAGGCAAUUUGAAUCUUGGAUUCAUUUUGUACCCGCUUUUAUAGCUGGUGCGUGUAAAUAAUACGGCAGAUCGUGGGAGAAACGAAUACGAGACAGAGAGAAAUAGGGAAAAAGAGAGAGACUUUAGGAGUGAAAAAGAAAACAGAGAGUAAGAUGAUUUACUAAAAUCAGCGACGUAUGAUUUAUCGAACGUGUAUAAUAUUUUUCAAAAUAUCUUGUAUCGCAAUGUAUUAGUUGCCUCUGUAUAAAAAUACCUGCGGUCGAUAAUAAUAUCUGUUGUGAUUACAUAUAA